CGCCGGCAUCGCGCUGCCCGGGCACCUCCACACCGCGGAGUCCCUGCAGUUCGCCACCAGCUUCCCCUUCCGUGACACCGAUGUGGUCAUCGUCACCUACCCCAAGUCGGUGUCACACCAUGUUGCACCAAGCCGUGCCGUGCCAUGCCAUGCUGUGCCAUGCUGUGGUGCUGUGUGCAGGUUGGGGGUGCCCUGACGGCAACCUCCCCAGGCACCACGUGGAUGCAGGAGAUCCUGACGCUGCUGUACAGCCGUGGGGACGCGCAGCCAGCCAAGACCAUCCCCAACUGGGAGCGGGCGCCCUGGCUGGAGCAGAUCCACUUCCGCAGCUCACUGCGGGACACGGCCACAAACCGACUCAUCACCAGCCACCUGCCCGCCCGCGUGCUGGGCCCCCGGCUGCAGGGCAGCAAGGCCAAGGUGAUCUACGUGGCCAGGAACCCCAAGGACGUGGUGGUCUCCUAUUACCACUUCCACCUCCUGGCCAAGUUCCUGCCUGACCCCAUUUCCUUUGAUGCCUUCCUCCAGCAGUUCCUCGAGGGCAAAGUGCACUACGGCUCCUGGUUUGAGCACGUCAAGGGCUGGCUGGGCCAGCGGCAGCUCCUUGACAUCAUCUACGUCACCUAUGAGGAGCUGCACCAGGACCUGCGUGGUGCAGCGCAGCGGCUCAGUGCGUUCCUGGGCAUUACACUGGAGCCGCAGACGCUGUUGGCGCUGGAGCAGCACUGCAGCUUCGCAGCCAUGCGGGACAACGCCAUGGCCAACUACACCCUGAUCCCCCGCGAGAUCAUGGACCACAGCCGGGGCCGCUUCAUGCGCAGAGGCGUGGUGGGCGACUGGCGCUGCCACUUCUCAGCGGCACAAAACGCCCUGUUUGACCGCGUGUACCACAAGGAGAUGUGCGACAACGAGCUGAGCGCCCACUGGGCCAUGGUGUGACGGUCGGCACCGCACAGCACCGCACAGCACAGCACACCGCGUGUACCGGGAUGCGGAGCAGCGGCUCCAUCGUGGGGAGGCUCCCAGCUGAGCGGUGCUACCACCCCCAGGGCUGCCGUCCCCCGGUGGCCGUGACCCCCCGGCCCUUCACUUCCUGCGGGGAGCGCGGCACAGCUUGGGAAAGAAUAAAUAUUUAUUGCCAUUC